UUUCUCGGCGAGAUCUUGCUGUUUUCAACAUGGCAGGCAGCAAGUUGGUGCUAGAAGGGAGGGUAAGUAUUAUUAGCUUUAUCUCAGGACUGGGCGUCCUCGUAAUACCUUUACUUGUAAAAUUCGGCUCUCACAUUGACUGGAUAUUCGAUUACCUCACGGAUGUGAACGGGAAAAUAGCCAUCGCGGCGUAUAUCACAGUUAUCAAUGGCUUCCUGCUAAUCAUUUACAAGGGACCUUUAUACAAGGUGGCUGUUCGAGCCUGUUUUCUUGGAUUUGCCUUUGGAUGUGGUCUCAUUUUAAGUUUUGCAGAUACAACAUGGACACACUUUGGCUGGUACAUGUGUUCGCUGUCAUUUUUUCACUACUCUGAGUACCUGGUUACUGCCAUCAUCAAUCCACGCAGUCUGUCUCUAGAUUCGUUCCUGCUCAACCAUAGCGUUGAGUACACCGUAGCAGCUGUUUCCUCCUGGAUAGAGUUUACUGUGGAAAAGCUCCUUAUUCCAGAGAUAAAGCAGAUGAACUGGCUUUGUUUGGUGGGUCUGCUGAUGGUUUUCUGUGGGGAGGGUCUGCGCAAAGCUGCCAUGUUGACGGCAGGAUCCAACUUUAACCACAUAGUGCAGAAUGAAAAGGCCCAGAGUCACGUGCUGGUCACCACUGGAGUUUACGCUCUCUUCAGACAUCCCUCCUAUGUGGGCUGGUUUUACUGGAGCAUUGGCACUCAGAUAAUGCUGUGCAACCCCAUAUGUAUACUGGGAUAUACGAUCGCCAGCUGGCGCUUCUUUCGAGAACGCAUUGAGGAAGAGGAGAUCUCUCUCAUUAAUUUCUUUGGCGAGGACUACAUUGAGUACAAGAAGAAGGUCUUCACUGGCUUGCCCUUCAUCUCAGGGAUCAGGGUUAACUCCUAAAGCCGUAACGCAUUGAACGGAGGAAAUAGCCUGAAAGUGCACACCUGGACACCUCUGACUGGCACUCUGAGCGAGCUAGUUGCCUGGUGGCAUCAUGUCGCGCCCCCCUGAGGGGCGGCACAGAUAUAUGAGGUGGCAGCACAGUAAAACUGACCCGCUGAUCUGCUCUGAGACACAUUGGUCUGCUCUGAGCAGGGUGGAGCUUCCACCCUCAACACCAUCAGAGAUACUAGUACACAAACACCACAUCCCUCAGCAUCUGUCUUGUCUCCUACACUUUCAUCACAUUUCUGUUCUACCCGUUUAGUCAUGUGUCACGUAUCCUCACAUUUUGCGCCAUGUAAUUUCAUACAUUUUUUAAAUCCCCUGGUUUUGUGCUUUAUCAGUAGAUUUUUAAAUCUCUUGAUGUGUUUUUAUUCAAACAGGCUUUAAAUUGGACUUAAGAUAUAUUUAUUGCAGUGGCCAUUUUUGUGUAAAGAGGAGUUUAUUACGCCGGAGCCGAAUCUUCUUAAUUCCACCGGUCAAAACAGGGCCUACAAAUUCUAAACCUAAUGUCACGACAAUCUCUAAAUAUCUGUGAUUUGUUAAUGCUGUUGGACAAUUUUAAUAUUCUGAUUAGAGAAAUAAACACAUGUGAUAAAUCGCAGGCUUAA